AUGAGAGGGAGAGCAGAGAACGGAAAAGUAGCACGAGGUACCCGUAAGGAAUGCAGAAGAGAACUCGCUGCACGCAACAAGGGCGAGGCCAGUGGUGCCAAAAAGGGGGCGGGCCAGACCCGAGUCGGCGGCUGCUGGUGGGCGGUGUUCAUCCCAAAUGAGGGCUGUGUGCGCGAUGGGCUUGACGUUUUGGGGGGUCAGGAUUUGCCUGUGGCGCUCCAGGGGAAUUCCCAGGUUGCCAGAGCCCCAUCCGCCAGCGUCUCCCGUGCCUGGCUGCCCCCAGUCAUGUCAAUCGGGCAGCCGAGGGUGGGGAUUUAG